AAGAUUCACCCAUUGGCACGAUCGACCGGUCGUUCCAUACAGAGACAUUUCCCGCGUUCGACUACAGCUCAAGUCUUUACACUCAACAUCCUUCGGAAGGCGAUGUCGACGCAAGAUGGGAUGCUCUUGGGGUAGAUUCUGGCCACUUUCUAGUCCCAGUCUCAGAAGGUGACAAAUAUGGCUUCGACAAAAGCCGUCAUGUCAUCAUGCCAGAAGAAGUAGUCGGACAGGAAUCAUACAUUGUCUCGCUGGAUGUGAUGCAUCAUUUACACUGUUUGGACACACUCAGAAUAGCUCUCUGGUACAAUCGAGAAUGGUACCUCGAAAACACCAACGAGCACGCAUCUCACGCUGUCCAUGUUGCUCACACAAACCACUGCCUCGACGCCCUCCGCGAACGCAUAAUGUGCCUCUCCGACGUAACAUUCAUCCCUUCAAUCUGGAUCGACCGCGAAGGCUGGAUCCUUCCCGACUUCGAACGUGAACAUAAAUGCCACAAUUUUGACGCCGUGAGAGAUUGGGCUUACGCGAAUCAAAUGCCCGAAGCUGUCAGAAACCAUACUUAUAUUCCUGGACCAAAUGCGCAACUCACAACGCUUCCGGGAUUCUACGAUGAAUAUCCAGAGAGGAGGAAUAAGGAUCAUAAGGCGAUGAGUGGGGAGGAGGAGCAUCAUCAUGGGUAG